GUGCAGUUACGGGAGAACAAAAAAAAUAAUGAUAAUAAUGGUCAGGGAAACGGAAUCUGCCAGCAUCAGCUUCCUUUGAUGAUGUCAUAAAGGGCACAGUCCUAUAUAAAGGGCAAACAUAAAGCAGGCACACAGACAGCUUCAUUUGCAGAUUGGUUUUAGACCUGAACAGACCUACAAUGGCUACUGGUGGACCACACGAGGGAAACAUGGAGGUAUUUUCAGACACAUAUGAAGCUGAAUUAGACCAAAGAUAUGAGAUUUUACAAAGAGAAUUACGAGAUCUGGAAGUCAAAAAACUAGUUUUUGGUAACCAGGAACGCGACUUUGAACAAAGGGUGGAUGCGUUUGAGAAAAACAUAGCUUGCAUCAGGAAAAGUCUCCAAGAGGAAAGACAGAAAUUGGAAACAAAAACGCAGGAUCUGGAGAAAAGAGAAUGCCACUUUGAGGAUCAACAAAAGAAACUAACGAAUCAUGUUGAUGAACUAAAGACUAGCUCUCAGAAAGGAAGAGAUAAUUUUGUUUCAACUCAGUUACUCGACGAACACAGAGUAAAGAUUGAGUUGGAAAACAGGGAACUGCAGAAACAAAGACAAGAAAUUCAAGAUGAGUGGAAUAAGAUUAAAGAAACUCAAAUUGCAAAUUGUGAGAUGGCCAAAAACUUGAAUAAGACACAAGAGAAAGUCAGAGAUUUAUGGAAAGCUUUACAGGUAAGCGAAGAGAGAUCAACAGAAGAAAUUAACAACUUGAAAAGAGAUCUGGAAAGACAGAAAUUAGAGUUUAUCGAAUCUAAGGAACAAACAGAAAGGGAGUUAACUGCAGAAAAGCAGGCUCUCCGCGAUGAGAAGGAGCGUUUAAACGCUGGGAAAAUUACUCUACAGAACCAGAUCGUUGAGUUUCAGACUGAAUCAGAGCAGAUCCGACAGAUUCUGCUCAAAGACAAACUAGAUGUUCAACUUCUGAGAGAAAAUCUGCAGGAGGACAAAUUGGAGGUAAUGAAAACAGCAGAAGGGUUUGUGAAAGAUUUAAACGAAAGUUUACAGGAUUUGAAGGAGAAGCUGGAAUUUCUGAGUCUUGAGAAGAGAAGUCUGGAGGAAGAAAAACAACGUUUCCUGAUGACCAAGUCAGAAUCAGAGAAGGAACAAGGGAGGCUUUACAAAAUCCUCGAGGAAGAAUUAGACAAUUUGCAUUUGGGAAAACAAAGUCUGGAAACACAAGUGAUGGACUUUAGGGAAGAAAUUGCUGCAGCAGGUAAGAUCUUAAAAGAGAAGGAAACUGCUCUAGAAGAAGGGCUGGAGGGUCUGAGAUUUCAGAGAGAAACUCUGGAGGAAGAAAAGACAAAUUUCCAGCUAACAAAGUUCAGAUCGGAAGAGGAGAAUAAGGGAAUACAGGCUUACCUCCAACAAGAGCUGAAAAAAUUACGAGUUGGGCAACAGAGUCUAGACAAACAGAUGAUGGAGUCUGAACAGAGAAACAUAAACUCAGAGCAGAUCAUUCAAGACAUUCGACAGGUUCUUCAGGAAGAGAGAGACUGUUUAGUAAUGCUCCGACAAAACCUGGAGGAAGAGAAACAACGUUUCCUGAUAACUAAGUCAGAAUCAGAGAAGGAACAAGGGAUGAUUUACAAAUUCCUCCAGGAAGAAUUAGACAAUUUGCGUUUGGGAAAACAAAGUCUGGAAACACAAGUGACGGACUUUAGGGAAGAAAUUGCUGCAGCAGGUAAGAUUUUAAAAGAGAAAGAAACUGCUCUAGAAGAAGGGCUGGAGGGUCUGAGACUUCAGAGAGAAACUCUGGAGGAAGAAAAGACAAAUUUCCAGUUAACAAAGUUCAGAUCGGAAGAGGGGAAUAAGGAAAUACAGGCAAAAGAGCUGGAAAUAUUCCAAAUUAGGCAACAAACUCUCAUCAAACAGAUGACAGACUCUGAAGAGAGAAACAUAAACUCAGAGCAGGUCAUUCAAGACAUUCAACGGGUUCUUCAGGAAGAGAGAGACUGUUUAGUAACGCUCACACAAAACCUGGAGGAAGAGAAACUAGAGUUUAUGGAAAAAAGGGAAGCAGAAACUCACCUUUUAAAGGAGAAACAACAAGCUCUGGAAGAAGGGGUUGAACUUUUGACUCAAGAGGUAAUUAAUUCUUUGGAAGCGAGAAUGGAUGAAAUUGACAGACAUGUUGGACAAUGUUUCCAGCUUCUUCAAGAGGAAGAGGGGGAUUUAGAUCAGAUUGUGCAGGAGCUGGAAGCAGCAUUUUUAAAUGUCGAAGACGAGCAGCCACCUGUGGAGGACGAGUCAGACAGUCCCACAGCUGCGUCUGAAGAUCUGGGGGAACUGAAUUUAGAAAAAACAGUGACUACCCAGGUACCCAGUGACGGGAACCCAACUGUUCCCAGUCUUCAUGAUGAUAACGACGAGCUUCCAGAGAACCCCGGGCCUGCCCAUGGGAGCGCUGAAGAAGAAUGGGAGGCUGAAGAAGACUGGGAGGCUGAAGAGCCAACGCCUUCUACAUCUGGCCUAGGAUCCAGCUGGGACUAUUCCGACUUCUACUAGAGACGACUUCUUCCAGAACACCAAUGAAGAUCAGAAAAGCAUAUAAAAGUGAAGUAGGGAGCUUGGCAUGGGUUUAGAUUUUUUAAAACUAGGAAACAGAGAAUUUGAAUCAGGAAAACGUAAAAUUUUCAGAGAGAAGAAACUGAAUGGGUGAGAGAGUAGAUGCUGCAGACCUGCAGGAACAGGAUUGCAGGCAGAGGAAAUAAUACGAGCAGCCAAUCUAAAUUUAGUAAGUAGUAACACACAGUAACACGAGGGGUUAAACAAAGGCUCAAAGUUUAGAAGAGCAGAAAAUUAACCUGUAGUUCUUCAAGAGCUUCUGCGGGAGGAAAUAGGAAUGGGUUAAAGAUUUUAGCUCUAACAAUUACGCUUAUCAGAGCUUCUAGUUUCCGUAGACUAAGAGUCAAUACCUUAGAUGGGUUGGCUCUUGAUUUAAAAUGCCACUACAUUAGAGAGUUUUUACACUAUGUGUCUAGGAUGUAGCUUCUUCCACCACCAGGUACUAAAAUAAAAACGAAGAAAAAAAAACGCAGCACAGGUGACAUCUCAACCGAUCAAAUCAUUUCUGUGUCUCCGUGUGCUGCGUGGGGGUUUUCUCUGGGUGCUCCAGUUCACCCCCAACCCCAAAUCCUAAAAUCCUGACACGUUAAGCCUAAUUUAUACUUCUCCGUCAUCGCCACGAGGGAGAGGCACGCUCGCACGGAUGGAGACAAUUUGCCCUCAGACUUCUCCGUCUCCUGGGGAGUGUUGCAAAGCAAUUCCCCGCUAGGACAUUUAACCCUCUCAGGCUCAAAAUAAGUUUUGAUAA